AUGUUACCCGGCGACGAUGUCUCGUCUGAACUGCCAGAUAUCUGUACAGACGACUGUAUCCCGCCUUGGGGGAAGGAGCAUAAAUCUAGCACACAUCAGCUGCUCUCAUCGUCGCUAUUCAUCGUGACAUUUUGUCUCAUCUUUUUUACCGUACUGCAACGACUGUUUCCGGUCUUAUGCGGAGCAGGCGCGAGACACCUUUCCCACCUCGAAAAUCGCACGCGGAAGAGGAUAGCAGCACUUACAUUUUCAACAACCCUUGGAGCUACAGGUGUAUUGGCAGAGUUGAUCUUGUGUGAAGUUAGUGAAUGGGGCGAUGUGACAAGCCGCCGUCUUGGGUUCCCGAUUGUAGUCGGGGUUCUAUUAGUCUGCUUGGUUGUGAUCACUCCCCUAUUAGAAUUACACAGUCUUGUUGGGGGGAGUGGUAUAGGAAGUUGGAGGAGACAAUAUGUGAUUAUGGCUGAACUUGCCGCAUUUGCGGGGUGGUUGUGGGUAUUCUGGAGUUUGGGCGAUAGGUUGCCCAUAAGGAGAGCUGAUCAUAUUAUUUGGGGAACAUCACGCACCCUGAUGGAAGAGUGUUUAGCCAGAGUUGGCGUUAUUGGGGUAUCCUUAAUGGCACUGCUUUCUGGCUUUGGCUGUGUCUCGUCACCAUGGCACAACUUUACAACAAAACCGAGACCAGUCACCGACAUCGAUGUUUCCCGAGCCCAAGCUGGUUUGACUGCAGCGACUGAGAUGUUGGAUGAAAAAAGGAAACGGCUGAGGACCUUAGAAAUAAAAAUCCAAGACAAGAAGUCAUCUCAAGAAGGCUUCAUGAGCAAAGUGUUUUCUGCCGUUCGUGGGGAUGCAGACCUUCAAGAACAUUCGAUACUCCUUAGUGAGAUCAACGGUCUUGAAACAAUGCGAACCUCAUUGUCAGCGGAAUUUACAGAGUUUCAGCGCCGGCUAACUGUACAACAACGAUCCAAAUCAGUGCUCGGUCGACUUAUAUUAACUAUUUCUUACGGCUUCUCUGUUUACUGCUUAUACAGAAUAUUUGCUACGUCUUUAGCACAUAUUCCAUUUUUGCAUAGAUCUAGGUCUUCAUUCUCUCAAAGCGACCCUAUCAAUAAUGUAGUGGCUCUUCUCGCCCAGCAUUGGGACCCGCAUCUUGAUCGUGCUGCCUGGUCUCGCAUGAUAGGCUUUGCUUUCUCCGGUGUCAUUAUCAUAGGGUCACUUGGAUCCGUAAUGACAACUCUCAAUAUGCUAAGCCGCGCAGCCCCUGGGGUGAUCGGUCAUGCAAGCAAAGGGGACAAUCCCAAUUUUGCUCUUUUUGUAUCGCAAAUCAGUGCUGUUUAUAUGCUUGCAUCGGCUCUCUUGCUGAGAAGCAAUCUUCCUUCACAUAUGAGCUUUGUGAUUAGCGAUGCGCUUGGGGCACCAUUGGACCCCGCCUUCGUCGAUCGAUGGUUUGAUGGAUUGUUCCUUGGAGCUGCUUCGCUAACAAUAAUUGCAUUGGUUGUUGGGAGGAAGAGUGGAUGGUGGGGCGUAAGGAAAGAUGAUGCAUUUGACGACUUGAUGGAUGUGGAAGCUGGAAAGAUGAACUGA